AUGGGCGGUAUGGGCUUCAUCCAAUCCAAUCACUCUGCUACUAUGUAUAAUAACACCAUGAUCAGCUUCAAUGUGCUUGAAGCUGCAAGAAUCAAUGGAGUUAAGAGGUUUUUCUAUGCUUCUAGUGCUUGCAUCUACUCUGAAUUUAAGCAAUUGGAAACUAAUCCCCAAGAUACUUAUGGUUUGGAGAAGCUUGCUACAGAGGAGUUGCGCAAACAUUAUACUAAGGAUUUCGGUGGAAGGGAAAAGCCUCCUACUGUAUUCUGCAUAAAGGCUCUCACUUCUAUAGAUAAGUUUGAGAUGUGGGGAGAUGGUCUUCAAACAAGAUCUUUCACUUUCAUUGAUGAAUGUGUAAAAGGUGUUCUGAGAUAA